AUGAAGUGGCGCUCAUUCUGGGAGCUGUUCGGCGUAUCCAUCCACAGCAACAGCCGGUACAGCAACAUCGAGAAGUUUGUGGUCCUGAAGUCGCACCUCAGUGGCUCAGCCCAGAAGGCCAUCGACGGGAUCCCUGUGUCUGGAGACGGAUAUCUCGCCGCCAUCGACAUCCUGAAGAGGAGAUUCCAGAGAGACGACAUCGAGAGGGAGACUCUGAUGAAACGUCUCCUGGAUGCACCCGCCGUCCACAACGGGAACGACCUGAGCGCCAUGCGGAACCUCGUAGACCACCUGUCUGCCCACACGCGUGCUCUGGCCACCCUCGGAGUGAACCCCGACAGCUGUUCCAUUCUGCUUCUUCCAGUCAUGAAGGAGAAGCUUCCUCAGGACUGGCGUCUGGAGUGGGUUCGACAGGAGCAGCCCAGCUACGAGCACCUGCUGCUGUUUCUGGAAAGGGAGCUGGCACUCCGAGAAACCUCGCAGAAGUGA